AAAUUGAAUACAGCGGGUGGUGGGUGGGAUGGUUUAGUGGCUGAAACAAAACCACUGCUUAAGAAAGACCCAGUCCAAAAUCCUCCAUUCGUUUCUGCUUUCAAUAUUGUGCGCAACAGCAACCACAAACAACAUGACCGACUAUGAAGCUGCAACCGCCUUCCUCGGGGAAUGGGGACUUUUCCAGCAGCAGGUGUUUUUCCUACUCUGCCUGAGCAUAAUCCCUAACGGUUUCGCCGGCAUGUCCAUCGUCUUCCUAGCCGACACGCCGCACCACCGCUGCCUCAUUCCCGCGAACGUCAACAUCACCUCCGCAUGGAGGAACAGCAGCAUCCCGCUGGAGAAGGACGGACACAGCGGCGCGUUGCUGCCCAGCAAAUGCUCCAGAUACAAACUUGAAGAUGUGCUGAGUUUCUCGGACAGAGGCUUUUUGCCCGGCGUUGAUGUAAACCUGUCUAAUGUGAGAACAGAAAGCUGCUUGGAUGGGUGGGAGUACGACCACAGCGUGUACAUUUCUACCAUCAUAUCUGAGUGGGACCUGGUGUGUGAUGACCGCUGGAAAAACCCGUUGACUUCUUCUAUCUUCUUCUGUGGUGUUCUCACUGGCUCCUUCAUUUCGGGACAGCUUUCUGACAGGUAUGGGAGAAAAAUAGUGUUGUUUGUUACCAUGGCAGUCCAGACAGUGUUCACAUUCAUCCAGGUCUUCUCUCCAUCAUGGCCCGUGUUUUGCGCUGUGUUCUUUGUUGUCGGGUUGGGACAAAUCUCUAAUUAUGUGUCUGCGUUUGUGCUAGGGACAGAGAUAUUGGCCCCACGUGUUCGGACGAUUUUCUCCACCGCGGGUGUGAGUCUUUUCUUUGGUGCGGGCUACAUGCUGCUGCCACUGUUUGCUUACUUUGUCAGAGACUGGAGGAUGCUUCUACUCGGCCUCACCCUACCUGGCUUAUUUUAUGUGCCUCUCUGGUGGUACAUCCCAGAGUCUCCUCGGUGGCUGCUCUCUCAGGGUAGAGUGGAGGAGGCUGAGGCCAUCGUGAGAGAUGCUGCUAAGAGGAACAAAAUUGAGCCUCCGCCGGUCAUCUUUAGUCCCUUGCAGCAAGAACUUCAAUGUGAGAAGAGGAAGCCCCACAACAUCUGUGACCUGCUUCAUUCUCGAAACAUCCGCUGGAUCUCUGUCACGCUGUGGCUGGUCUGGAACACUGUGACCAUCGGUUACUUUGCUCUUUCCCUGAACACGGCGAACCUUCACGGUAACGCUUACUUCAACUGCUUCCUGUCGGCUAUGGUAGAGAUACCAGCCUACGCUUUAUCAUGGGUUAUGUUUCGCUGGUGCUCCAGACGACUGAGCCUUUUCUCAACCCUCUUCAUGGGAGGACUGUUUCUACUCUUCAUACAGCUCAUACCAGCAAACAUGAUUUAUGUCUCCAUAACACUCGAGAUGAUGGGGAAGUUUGCAGUGACGACAGCGUUUGCUAUUGUGUACGCAUACACAGCAGAACUCUACCCGACCGUAUUGAGGAACACGGCAUUGGGCACCUGCUCCAUGGCCUCCAGAAUAGGCAGCAUCAUUGCCCCAUACUUCAUUUACUUAAGAAGCUAUUCCAUCGCACUGCCUUACAUCCUCAUGGGAAGCCUUACAACUCUGUCAGGGUUGCUGAGUCUCCUGCUGCCUGAGAGCUAUGGAAUGCCUCUCCCUGACACCAUCACUCACAUGCAACACUUCCCUGGAUGUUGUCAGAAGACACCUUAUACACUCACACACACUGAAGAAAAGGAAAACGCUGCUGAAAAGAAGUCUCCAGUUGUCCCUUGAACAAGGAGCAGCACUAAUAUCUGACUUGAUGCAAAAAACUGGACCACCAUCAUGUCUCUGUUCAUUUUACAGGAAUAACUAGAAUUAUUGUUAUUUAUGUCACUGGAUUUGUGAAAGUAUGUGACUUCAACAGAAACAAGCAACUUGACGGUUAUCAGAACAAUAUGUGUGCCUUAAAAUAUCGGAGUUAUGUUUUUUCUGCAACAGCGUCAAACUAGAAUUAUCGCCUUGCGGUUGUUUACCUCCGCCAAACACAGAGAUCAUGCACAAAAAAAAUGAACUCCAAAAUGUAUUAGUCAAGUUUUAAUUAUUUUAAUUUUACUACUUAAAAAAAGAUCAUGUAAUGUCAUUAAAUCCACUUGAACUGAUUGAAAUUCUCUGUUAGAAAUGUUGAAUAUUAAGCACAGUAAACAGUAGGAAUGAUAUACAAUUAAUAGUACAAUAUUAAUGUAAGCCAUCAUUUAGACAUUACUCACACAUAAACACAUAAUCAGAGUCGACUUUCCAAAAGCACCCCAGGUAUUGAAUGUUCUUUUCUUGUGAUGCAUGGGCACUUCAUGCUGUUGGGAUCAAAUGCAAAUAAAGAAACCAUUAUUUGUUUUUCAGCAAACAGGAAAACUAAAAAAGCUGCAAUUUUUUAUAUUAUUUCCUUUCUACCAACUUCAUUGUCAUAUGUGCACAUGUGUGUUCACUACAAAGACUGAUGCCACCGUCAUCACCUUCUCUGAGGAUGAGGAGGGGUUUUGUUGGUUAUAUUAAAGAAUACUACGCCAUUUUUCUUUUGCUAUUAUCUUGUCCAUCCAGUAACGGCUAGUUCUGUGGUGGUUUGGGAACAAUAACUUGGUUGUGUAUUAUAUUAUAUUAUAUUCAGUGUUCUUUUGUAUAUUAUAAUAUUGACAGAAGUAGUUUUUAGAAGAUGUACCUCUCCGGGAACCAUCACCUUACUGUGGUGGAGAGGUUUGUGUGUCCCUAUGAAGCUGAGAGCUGUAUUGUCUGGAGCCUUGUGCUCCUGGUAGGGUCUCCCAAGGCAAAUUAUUCUCAGGCGAGGGGCCAGAUUAAGAAUGUUUCAAAACGACCUCAUCAAAAAAAGGGAAAGAGAAGGAGAGACCCUGCCCGGAGGAAGCCCG